AUGACCGCCGCCGCCAUUUGCUGUUCUCAGCUAAAGCUGAAUUCCAACUCCUUCGUCCCGUCGCCGUCGAAACCCCAAACCCGCCUGAGAUUCAACCCGUCCGCUCUCGCCCUAUCGUCUUCCGCCAAGAAAUCCUCUUCCGAUCCCCAACCCAUCUUCUCCUCCGUCAAAUCCUUCGCUCCGGCCACCGUAGCCAACCUGGGCCCGGGCUUCGACUUCCUCGGCUGUGCUGUCGACGGCAUCGGAGACCACGUUAGCAUCCGUGUGGACCCCGGCGUCCGUCCCGGCGAGCUCUCCAUCUCCCAUAUCUCCGGCGCCGGUUCCAGGCUCAGCCAUAAUCCCCUCUGGAACUGCGCCGGAAUCGCCGCCAUAGCCGUCAUGAAGAUGCUCCGCGUCAGAUCCGUGGGCCUCUCCCUCUCUCUCGAGAAGGGCCUCCCGCUUGGCAGCGGCCUCGGCUCCAGCGCCGCCAGCGCCGCCGCGGCCGCCGUCGCCGUCAAUGAGCUGUUCGGAGGCCUCCUUUCGCCGUCGGAGCUCGUGCUGGCCGGCCUGGAGUCGGAGUCCAAGGUCUCCGGUUACCACGCGGACAACGUGGCCCCAUCCCUCUUGGGGGGCUUCGUCCUGAUCCGGAGCUACGAUCCCCUGGAGCUGGUCCAGCUCAGGUUCCCGGACGACCGGAGCCUCUUCUUUGUUCUGGUGAAUCCAGAAUUCGAGGCCCCCACCAAGAAGAUGAGAGAAGCACUGCCGCCGGAAAUCACCAUGUCCCACCAUAUCUGGAACUGCAGCCAGGCCGGAGCUCUGGUUGCCUCUGUUCUGCAAGGAGACCUCACUGGGUUGGGGAAAGCCCUGUCAUCGGACAAGAUUGUCGAGCCCAGGCGGGCCCCACUGAUUCCAGGCAUGGAUGCUGUAAAGAAGGCUGCAAUCGAGGCCGGAGCUUUUGGGUGCACAAUUAGUGGGGCCGGCCCAACUGCAGUGGCUGUGACGGACGAUGAAGAGAUGGGUGCAGAGAUUGGGAAGAGAAUGGUGGAGGCCUUCUUCAAAGAAGGAAACUUGAAAGCCAUGGCCAUGAUCAAGAAGCUUGAUAGAGUUGGAGCUAGGCUUGUCAGCAGUGUCCCCAUAUGA